AUGACUGGGCCAACUAAACCCAUCAGAAGACGCCGACGCCCGGCGCUUUCCUGCGUAGAGUGUCGGCGGCGCAAGGUCAAAUGCGAUCGAAACAGCCCUUGUGGGCAAUGCAGGGCGCAUAAGUCGACCGUUUGUACAUAUGCGGUGGCCCGCGCCACGGGCUUAGAGAGACAAGAAUCACAACGGGCCCAGGGACCGGUGCUGGCAGAACCGGCCGACCAAGGCGCAAGCGCACCACAACAGCCUGCCUCCAGUCCGCCCAAUCUAACAACUGGCGAGAGCACUGGACCAGGGACAUCUACUGUGCUAGAGGGGCCUGUGCGAUGCACCCCUCCGGAUCUGGACAGCACCCACACUAUUCCGCAAAAUUUGAGCGUCAGCUCAUCCACACUCCAAGCUCCUCCUGGCCCAUUCCACGGCAUCGUGUCCAAGACAAGGGUCUUUGGCCAUGGCCAUUGGAUGAGCUCCGUACCUCUGGUCGGCAGCCUACCGUUCAGCAAAGACAUGCCUGCUGAGCGCUCUGCCGAACAGAUCUCAGAGGCAAUUGCCGAAUGCAAACAAUUGGCUCGUGCUAUUAAGAAGCAAUUGCCCAGUCGCAGUCCACUUCCUACCAGUAUCCAACAACUUCUUCCCAGCUGCCUGGUACUCGACGUGCUAGUGCAACUGUAUUUCGACACUUUUGAAACAUGCUACCGGAUUCUCCACACUACAUUGUUCGGAGCGGAGUAUGAGAGAUAUUUGAGUAACCCACAAACAGCAACUACCCCGUUCAAGGUAAAGCUUCUCCUGGUCAUGGCUAUCGCAGCACCGUUGCACGGUGAUGCCCAAGCAUAUAACGAUCUAGCUGCCAAAGCCAGAACAUCAAUUCAUGUCGCUCAGGGAUGGCUCUCUGCGCCUUUUGAGAAGGAUCGCUUGACACUAGAUGGCAUUCAGAUUCAUUGCUUGCUUCUACUUGCUCGUCAGGUCAACCGGGUAGGAGCAGAUCUGGCCUGGGUUUCCGCCGGUUCAUUAAUCCGGAUGGCCAUGCAGAUGGGCUUCCAUCAGGAUCCCAGCAACCUAGGCGAGACGAGUGUUCUUCAAAGGGAGCUACGAAGACGACUGUGGUAUACAAUCUUGGAGCUGAAUGUCCAGGCUGCGUUGGAUUCUGGAAUGGCUCCUAUGAUUACUGCUGCGGAGUAUAAUACCCAGCCGCCAUCCAACCUAGACGAUGACGAUUUGCUCGAGACAUAUGGAGAGACCCCUCCGGCCAAAGCAAGUUCGAUACCGACCCAAACUUCAGUCCUGCGUCUGCUGGCCGAUUCUCUACCUUUGAGACUGGAAGCUACGAGAGUUAUCAACAACUUGCAGGACAAAGCCUCCUAUGACCAAGUUCUUCGUCUUGGGAAUGAGCUGGCAUCAGUUUGCCGUAGUGCAAGAACCUUCGUGGAUCAGCUCAUGUCAACUGAGCAUGAUAUGUCGACUCAUGAAGCACGUCAGUUCAGAUAUAAUUUCUGCGAGCAUUGUCUCUCUCGCUUCCUCCUAGGUCUUCACUAUCCUUACGCAAUCCAGAGCAAACGCAGUCCUUUAUACAUCUACUCCCAGAAAGUGUCUCUCGAAUCUGCGCUUGACUUGGUUUCGCUCCUCGGGGACAAACUGUACCGUCGCUUGCUACUCUCCGGGGGUGGCAUGUAUCGAGAUAUUGUCACUCGGGGUGCCGUGGUGAUAUUCGUAGAACUGAUUACACAACUGGAAGCAAACAACUCUAUAUUUUCAAAGCAGCGAAACCGUGCUCGCAGAGAGCCAUUGCUGGAAGACGCGCGCAAGGUGGUCCAAUAUACACACGACCGACUGUGGUAUGGUGAAACAAAUGUGAGAGGCUACCUUUUUGCCCGUAUGGCAAUGGCCCAAGUAGAAGCAUUACUUGAUGGACUGCCUGUCAAUGAAGCCGUAAUCAACGCGGCCAGCCAGAGCUUGGCAGUAUGCCGCCAUAUUUUGGAAUCCAUGGCAGCCAGUUCCCUCGCAACCAGUGCCAGUCCUCCGGAUAUUGCAUCCUGGACAUACGGGGAUAUGCUGGCUAUGCCCACUGUGGCUGACACCGACUUUGACUUUUUGAGCAGCGAGAACAUCAAUUUCGAUCUUUCGGAUCCCGGUUUUGUUCAGCAAUGGACAGACCAGUGUUGGCCUCAGCAUUUGUUUAACCCAGAAGAGGAACCGAGACAAGAGCCAUCACUCGGCGGAGUGAAUCUUGGCGUAACGGCAGAAGAGUGA